AUGUCCCCAGAAACUGGCUAUCUGCUCAAUUUCGUUGACCGCUGUAAGCGCAACCGAGACGAGCGACAAAAUCGCACCGAUGCCAAGUUUUGAGCCUACGUUGGCGGCCUGUGGAUUGCAGCCCUCUAUGGUGUCCACGAGAUGAUGCUGGCUGCUUCGCGUCUGACGCCAAAUCCUGCCAUGAACGCAAAUCAUUGGGACGAACUUAAGGAUAACCUCAAGGGCCUUUUAAACAGAGCAACUGCAGCUUAUCACGAGGCACUCUGGGGUGGCGAAUUUUAUCGCUAUGAUACAUUCUACAGUCUCACGAAUACUCCGGUCCUCGCCGACCAACUCAGCGGGCACUGGUACCUCAGGCUCGCCGGGGCACCUGUCGACGCCAUCCAUCCAAAGGAUGCUGUCCUUCUUUCCCUACGCACCAUCAUGAAUCUGAAUUGGAAAAACGUUUACGGUGGUACAAUGGGCGCCAUAAAUGGUGUCCUGCCGAAUGGCAAAUAUGACACCUCAAACAUGCAGGCUAUGGAGUUCUGGACGGCUAUCAACUACGGCCUUGGCGCCCUCCUAAUGCUCGAGGGUAUGCGCGAUGAAGGUUUUGAACUGGCUGGGGCAUGUUUCGACCACGUCUAUAACACAAUGGGAUUGCAUUUCCAGACCCCAGAAGCUUUCACCAGGGACAUGACUUUCAGGUCGCUGGGAUACAUGCGGCCACUGGCCAUUUGGAGUAUCCAGCAGGCUCUCAAACUUCUCAAAUCCUAA